AUGAAAAUUAUAGAUAAUAGUAGUAGAGCAUUUAAUUUACAGGAAGGCAUUAAUAUAAAACCACCUAAAGCCAUAACUAAUUUAGAAAAUGUCAUAACUUAUAUACAAAUAAGUCAAAAAAAAUAUUUGGCUGACUACAAUAGUAAAGGUAAAAUUAAUACAGAAAUAAGAAAUUAUUUAGUUCGUACGUAUGGCAUUAUAGACACAAUUAUGGAAGUAGCAGAAGAAUUAGGCAGUGAAGACAAAAAACAAGCAUUUUAUGAAUUAAUGGAAAAUAAUCAUAUUAUUAUGGCGGGUGUUUAUAAGAUUAGAAAUAAGUUCUUUAAUUUUGCUAUUAAUGUACUUUGUGAAAAAGCCGGCUUACCAGAGUUAGAUGACAAAAUGACUUCAGAAGAUGCAAUGAUUAAGCUGUGUGAGUUAGCAGAAUCUAAAAACUGCUCUAGAUUACAAAGAGCAUUAGAUAUACUAGUGAAACAUGGCGAUAAUCUAACUAUAGUUGAUAAGGAUGGAGAAGAACAAUCAAAUGCAAGUAAUUUAAAGUUAACUAAUGAUGAUAUUUAUUCAUUACAAUUACUUACAAAAACAAAUAAGUGGGGUGCUACAGCAUUUUCUGAGUUUUUAGUGUGUUCAGUUUAUGGUUCAAUAUUUGGUGAGGCACCCUGUAGCACCAAUAAUUUUUUAAAUUAUUCUAUAUAUAAUUUAUACAAUAUAGUAUUUGUUAUGGCUGUGGAAGGCGAUGAUACAAAUACAGACAUAGAAGCAUAUAAAAAAAAGAACAUAAGUAAAAUUAAAAAAUACUUGAAUGAUCUGAAAAAUAAGAACAGACUGAACAUUCGAUCUAUAAUUAGGCCAUCUGUUAUAUAUAAUGAUAUAAAGCAUUAUAAGAACUGGAGUGAUAUCAAAUUUAAAACUAACGUAAUUAAGAAUUAUAUAUCCCCCAUAAAGUCACUUGUUUCAAUUAUUAGAGGAGAAUCUAGUCGUACAACUAAUGAGGAAGCACAAACUAGCAAUAGCGCAUCUUCUAGUCUGCAUGAACAAAAAAAUAAUGAAAUUAUACAAGAUGUUAUUAAUACUUCUAAUUUAAAAGAGGAAGAUAUUACUUCUUUAUCAGUGGCCAGUUCUUCUAGCACACCAUCUGAUGAACAACCAAUUGCAGAUUUCUUGAAUAAUAAUAAUUUAUCUAUUAUACUAAUAACUAUAGCUAUUUCUAUAAUUAUCCUUAGUAUAUUCGGGUUAUACCAAAAUGAGAUAAAACCACUAAUGAACAAUUAAACAUUCAUUAUUUUAACAUUAGCACUGCAUUAAACUAUAAUGCUUAUAUAAGCAUAGUAUGAGAAGAGUAGUCCAGUAAUUAAAGUAACAAUCCA